AUGGGCGUGCUAGGUGGAGCAUCCUAUGUGGCUGAGGUUCAGCAGGCAGCGACAGCGGCAGACGCUCUUGCUGCAGUGCAGUCAGGCCUCGCAGAUACCUCUGUCUUCUUCUACGGAGCCCUCCUGAGUGCGCUUGAGGCGUACAUGGGCAAGCAGGACGUGGCGACCGUACCGGCCGACACGUCAGACACGAUUGCGCUACUGAAGCUGCUUGCCUUCAACACGGUGUCCGAUGUCGCUGCAGCGUCUGAGAGUGUCAAGGCCCUCCUCUCCCAGCACCCGUGCCUGAUGAAAAAGCUACAGUUGCUUUCAUUUCUUACUUUAUGUAGCCAGCACCCGCUGACACCUGACGGCGUGUGCCUCUCGUACGGCGAUGUUGAACGGGCGCUUGGAGUGCAUGACACGGUGUCGGUGCAGUGCGCGGUGCUGCAUGCCGUGCAACAGCGACUGUGUGUGGCCCGACUCAACGAACGCGAGCGGCAGAUGCGCGUGUACUCUUACGAGAGCCGCAACGUGACGCCAUACGACAUAGCCGAGUUGAAGGAGCGGGUGGCGCAGUGGACUGCCUACGCCGAGGCGCACCUGCGUGAUAUUCAGCCAAGCUGA